ACCAAGCGCGUGGGACGAAGUGUGAUUACUUUGUUUUUCAUAUUCUCUCUCUCUAGGAGAGAGGAGGAAAGAGAGAGCAUGUUUUGUCGCUUUUAAAAAUGGCCGACCACAAUCAACGCAGGCUCUUGGAGCUCCUCAAAGUUCCCGGUAACGGUGAAUGCGCCGACUGCGGAAAGAAAGAUCCCGAAUGGGCGUCGUACAACAUCGGCGUGUUCCUGUGCACGGAUUGCGCCGGCAUCCACCGGAGCCUGGGUUCCCACGUGAGCCGGGUGCGCUCGUUGCGGCUCGACAAGUGGGACGACGCUCAGGUCGACGAACUCGCGGCCGUGGGCAACAUUGUUGCCAAGGCAAAGUACGAAGCCAAUGUCCCAGCCUGCUAUCGCCGGCCCCUUGCGGACGACGUUGCCGUUGUCAAGGAACAGUGGGUGCGAGCGAAGUAUGAGCGCGAGGAAUUUGUGCACCAAGAUCGCCAAAUUUACCAAGAUGGCCGGAUGGAGGGAUGGCUCAAUAAGCAGGGAAAGGAGGAUGGCCGCUUCCACCCACGGCGGUUUGUGCUCAGCGAUGGCGUGCUCAAGUACUACGUUAAAGAGUCGCACAAGGAGCCCAAGGCAUCGAUUCCGGUGUCCGAGAUCAACGCCGUAUUCUGUCCCGAGAAGAUCGGCAACAAGCAUGGGCUUCAGCUGAGCUACGUCAAGGACGGCUCAACGCGUAACAUUUUCGUCUACAGCGAAGACGGCAAGACAAUCGUGGACUGGUACAGCGCGCUGCGGGCGGCCAAGCUGCACCACCUGCAGGUGGCCUUCCCGGGUGCCAAGGAGUCCCAGCUGGUGCCUCAUCUGACGCGCGACUUCCUCAAGGAGGGCUGGCUCUGGAAGUCUGGACCGAGGCCCGCCGACCAGCACAGGCGCCGCUGGUUCACCCUAGACGACCGGAAGUGGAUGUAUCACGAGGACCCACUGGACGCCUACCCGAAGGGCGAGAUCUUCCUGGGCCAUCGCAGCGAGGGCUACUCCGUCCAAACCGGCUCGCCGCACACGUUCAAGGAGAUGCCCUUCUCCUUCACGGUCACCACGCCGCACCGCAAGUUCGUCAUGGGUGCCGAGAGUGACCGCGACCGCACAGAGUGGAUCGCGCUGCUGCAGAAGGUGAUGGAGCGGCCGCUGACGCCUCAGGACACCAACAUGGCGGCCACGCUCGUGAGGAAGCGGCCGUCCCUCUCCUCCUCGCUUCAAAUCCUCAAGGUCAGGUGACCUGCCUGUUGGCGCACAAAGGUCAUCCCUCUCAAGGGUCAAGCCAAAGGUCGUCGCACUUCGUCUCUACCACUGCUGCGCCGUCGUCGUCAGUCUUGGUUGUACCAAGCCGUGGGCCGAGGGACGUUCCAGUUUCAAACGAAAAAUUCAGCAGCAGCCGUCGAAAUUCUCUCGCAAACCUGUCAAGGCUGCCGCUCGUAUCAGCUAGUCGAUUAGCGCGUUCUUUUAUUACUACUAUUUUUUUAAACUAGUAACUCUAACUUCGCAGCAGGUCUGCAUUGUUACUAGCAAGGAGCUACCCUUUUCUGCUUUUCUUCUUUACUAUAAAUAAAAAAAGACAACGAGGUGCGGCUUUGAAGCUCGGCAGUCAGGCUCAAAAAGAUUAAGAGCAGCCAUUUUGGUUUCAAGAAGUCAUGAGUGUCUGGAAACCGUUCUACACGCUAAUUGCAUCUCAUAAUUGGCCUACAAUACCUGGGCAGCUAAAAUAGGUGGUUAAUGUGAAACUACAUUUACUUACUUUAACUUAGUAAACAUAGUACUGCAGGCUAUGUAUAUAUUGCGCUUUUCUUGAGAUGUAUGUAUGUAUAUGUCAGAAUCUUAAUAUAAUUAGAGGUUUCUUUAAAAUUUUAGUUUUUGUAACUUUGUGCGCGUUUUCCUGUUUACUGAAGGGAAAAACAAUCAUUAUGCAACCAGUGAUAGUACGAAGAUGCAUAAGAAAUCGGGAUAGUAGCUGGACAGGAAAGAAAAGUGUGUGGUUGCCUAACCAAGAACACAUUCUGGACCAGAUAUUGUAUCAGGGAAAGUAUACCAUUCCAAGCAGAUUUUACCGCAGUAGGAUGUGUAGAGAUCGCGAAGUGAGGUGUGAUUUCACGUUAAAUAUUUACCAAUAAUCCAAUUUGUCGCUAUCGUUGUCUCCAUGCUUCAAGUUGUCAAAUCAUUCAAACUCGCUUCGCGGUCUUAUCUAACCUAAUCAGCAUCAAGUUCAAUCUCGAGACCGCACAUGAAUUUUUCUUCGAUUGUGAAAAACUUUUCCAACAAAGCUACCCAAACACGUUUCCUCAGUAUCUUCGCGCUACUUUUAAGACGACAGUUAAUUUUGUUUUUAUUCGCUGAAGCGUGAUUUUCGUCAUGCUGCGAAUUUUUGCAGCUUCGCGAAAACUGAUUUGCCAUACUUUGUUGUUUGCUACGUGCUCAGCUUUACGGAAGUUACUUUUGUUUUCAGUGUUACACUCAAACCUCAUUAUAACAAAGUCACAUAUGCCACGAAAAUAACUUCGUUAUAUCCGAAAAUUCGUUAUAAACGUUUAUUCAUAAGACUGUAUUCCUGACAAGACUGUUCCUAAUUUACUUCGUUAUAACCGAUAAUUCGUUAUAUCUGUGUUUGUUAUAUCGAGGUUUGAGUGUAUUUCAUGUUUAGUUCUUUCUUUGUACAUUACUUUUGAAUUUGCAUGUAUUGUUUUUCAUUAGUAGCCUGGUCGAUUGAAAAGCUGUGUUAGCAGGCCCUUUUGCACGAUGUUUUUUUGUUGUUGUUUUUUUCACUUGGUUCGAUCUUCUUCAUUAGAACUCUUGUAUAUUUAACGGCAACACAGUUUUCAUUAGCCAGUGUUCAUCAGCAACUUACAAUGAUUUGCGUGCCAAUACGUACUUCUUUCUUUUUUCCUUGUCAGAAAAGUUAAUGGUUUGAAAACAUUUAUACUACUUACAUGCUUCCGCUCCUGCGCUUGUAGAUAUUCUGUUUCUAUUCUAUUCAUACAGGAGGGACAGUGGAGAUUUCAGAAUUGAAGUGACUUGUAAGAGCAUCUGCAGAACGGUAAAUGUGAUUUUUUUUUUUUUUUGCCGACACUCCAGUAUGAUCACAUGCGCACAGAAGUGUAAUACGUCUUUCUGUACAUGAGAACAUUUUUUUUUUGUUUACACAUCCUUAAACUGUGCAGGAAUGUUAAGCUUCCCUGCAAUUCUGUUAUUAGU